AGUCGUGGUUAGUGUUGUAUCCUCAGCAGGGAAUAGACACAGCUUUCCAUCCGACAGCAAAACGGACCUGUUCACACGAUGGCCACCGCAACACUUCAGACAUUCAACGUCUUUCUGACGGAGAAAUUAACCGCUGCCGCCUUAGACAUCUACGGCUUUGUUGAAAAGACAAUAACGGACUACCAGGAGGAAGUGUACCGGACAAAGCUGGAGAACCAGAGGCUGCAGCGACUGCUGGAUCUGGUCUACAAGCCGGAUAUACGACUGCACAGAGCAGAUGCCAAAUUGCCAAUUGGGCCUUCAUCAUUGGAGGAGAGUGACCCUUCACAGCAGGAGUGGAGCCCAAGUGUGGACCAGGAUGAGCCAGGGCCCUCUCAUGUUAAAGAGGAGCAGGAGGUGCAGAGGGAGGAGCUGUGGAUCAAUGGGUUUGGGGAUCAGCCAUCAGCAGAGGACAGCGACGAUGGGGACGCUUUAACGAAAGAGCUCAUCAAAACAGUGCAGCAGCUGGAGGACUGCAGAGCAGCUGAGGAGAGCAGAGAGCAACAGCAAACGACUGAAGAGGAUCCAGAGCAUUCUGAGGAGAAGACGAGCACCACACUGUACCGCUGCCACGUUUGCAACUUCAUAUUUACCAAAAAGAACGUGCUCACAUGGCACCUCAAGACCCACGAAAGCAAGUCAAACGACAGCAAGGGCAACUUUGACUGCCACAUAUGUGGCAAGCACAUUCCCUGCCAGAGCAACCUGCAGAACCACAUGAGAGUGCACACGGGAGAGAGACCCUACAGCUGCCACUUCUGCGGCAAGAGUUUCAAACUGAAAGGCCACAUGACGGAACAUAUACGGACUCACACGGGCGAGAAGCCGUUCAGCUGCCACAUCUGCGGCAAGUCCUUCAACAGAGGCUCCACGCUGAGGAAACACGUUUUAGCCAAACACAAAGAGGAGAGACCGUACAAAUGUGAGGACUGUGACGAGUUAUUCACAGAGAGGCUCCUGAUGAAGACGCACAUGCGAAAGGUUCACGGCGUCAAAUUGUCCACAAGUCAGAGUGUGGCCUGAGAGAAUUGGACAUUCAUGAGCCACUUUGCGUCUAGUCUAAAACCUGAGCAGAGAAUAGGGCUCGGAGCUUGUAUCAGUGUUCUAAUGCCAUCUUUUUAUUUCAAUUCCUAUGAAACCAGACUUCAAGUGUCUUCUCAAACCACUUUAUAUUAGUAAAAUACAGUCUAAAAGUGUUGUUUAAUGAAAACAUUAUUCUAUUACUGUCAUUUAUUGUAAAUACUGUAUAUAAAUACUAUAUUUAUGUGAUUCAGAGAAGAAUGAUACUACUUGUUUUUGCUUAAAGAAUGUAAUGAGAAGUGAGGGGCUUAACAUGGAGGCAGCAAGCAAACCUGAUGGUUAGUGUGGAGAGCACAAAAACAUGAAAGAAGCUCUCUAGAGUCCAUCCUAAGCUUCUAUAGAAACAUGGUGAACAAUAGACUUACAUAUAAUAACAUAGUGCAAUGUGAUUAUUUGCUUCGGAGGUACUCAUACGAGAACGCGAUACGAAAUCAUUUACGUUUUAAAUGCACAGACAUGACGAGAUUGGGACUAAAUAGAUUUCCAUGCGAAGCACCUAAGGUUAAUUUUGGUGGUGAGGUUAAAUUAGCAGCCCUUGCAGAGACUCCCACAUGUACAAUCAGUUAAGUAUUAAGUCAUGUGACUCUUUGUUUGCUGUGUGACUUAAAGAUCACUAGUUUAAAAAGACUGUAUAAAUGUCCAGUCAGUUCAGUCAUCUAUAUAUCUGUAUAUAUAUAUAUAUUUAUAUAUA